AACGGAAAAUGAGGGCCCGAGGCCAGAGGCCCGAAGUGAUGUAGAGGAGCCAACAGACCGGAGAAUCAGUAUCGCAGUCGGAGCAGUAGUGGUACAGUUAGUAGCGUAGAGGAAGAUAAAUAGAGAGAGAGCAAAGGUGUCCACCAGGCAGUUAUCGUCCCAAGGUUUUGCUUCCACGUCUACCGUCGCCGGCUUCUCGGCGUCCACUUCGAACCCUACGUGGUUCAACAUCCUUCCCUUGGCUGGAAAAACCGCUGCACGAGAAGGAUGUCGCACCAGCAUCACCCGGAGCGUAGGUGGCCGAUGCGGGGAUACCUGGUGCUGCUGUCGCUCCUUUUGGUGCUCGAGCUCGGGCUGGGCUCGCCCUCCCACCGAGGCCGUCACCACGCGCCGUCCGACCUCGAGCUCCAGCAGGCCAGCCAGCAGCACCUGCAGGACGACGAGCCCUCCGCGCUCAGAUCGAUGGAGGCCGAGGCGUCGAUGGCCGUGGCAGCCGCCGCCGCCGAGGCCGCCGUCGAAGGGAUGCUGCCACGAGCCGAGCACUUGACCGGCGCCAAGCUCGCCUCGGCCUCCCAGACCGCGGAGGAUGACGACCCGCUCGUCGUCAGGACCAAGAAGGGCAGAGUCAGGGGCGCCACGCUCACCGCGACCACCGGCAAGAAGGUCGACGCAUGGUUCGGGAUACCUUACGCCCAGAAGCCCAUCGAUAAAUUGAGGUUCCGCCACCCCCGGCCUGCCGAAAAGUGGGAGGGCGUCCUCAACGCCACGAAGCCGCCCAACAGUUGCGUCCAGAUCCUUGACACGGUAUUCGGCGAUUUUUCCGGGGCCAUGAUGUGGAACCCCAACACGCCCCUCAGCGAGGACUGCCUCUACGUGAACGUCGUCGCGCCCAGGCCCAGGCCGACUAACGCCGCUGUCAUGGUAUGGAUAUUCGGUGGUGGCUUCUACUCGGGCACGGCGACGCUGGACGUGUACGACCACAGGACCCUCGUAUCCGAGGAGAACGUGAUCCUCGUGUCUAUGCAGUACCGCGUGGCCAGUCUCGGUUUCCUUUACUUCGGCACCUCCGACGUCCCCGGCAACGCUGGAAUGUUCGACCAGAUGAUGGCCCUCCAGUGGGUACGCGACAACAUAGCCGCCUUCGGUGGCAACCCCGACAACGUUACCCUGUUCGGCGAGAGCGCCGGUGCCGUCUCCGUCUCGCUGCUCCUGCUCUCGCCGCUGUCGAGGCACCUGUUCAACCAGGCGAUAAUGCAGUCUGGCUCGGCAACGGCACCCUGGGCCAUAAUAUCCCGGGAGGAGUCGAUAACCCGUGGCCUGCGGCUCGCCGAGGCGGUGAAUUGUCCGCACGAGCGUAGCAACCUGCGAGACGUCAUAGACUGCCUGCACACGAAAAAAGCCGUGGACCUCGUGAACAGCGAGUGGGGCACUUUGGGCAUAUGCGAGUUCCCGUUCGUGCCGGUGAUGGACGGCGCCUUUCUCGACGAGACGCCCCAGAACUCGAUGAAAACGGCCAGCUUCAAGAAGACCAGCAUACUCAUGGGCUCCAAUACCGAGGAGGGCUUCUACUUUAUCAUUUACUACUUGACCGAGUUGUUCAGGAUCGACGGGACGGAGGACGUGAAGGUGUCGAGGGAGGAGUUCGUGCGGGCGGUCAGCGAGCUCAAUCCCUACGUCAACCCGAUCGGAAGAUCGGCCAUCAUGUACGAGUACACGGACUGGCUGAGACCCGAUGAUCCGGACGCAAAUAGAAACGCCCUCGACAAGAUCGUUGGGGAUUAUCACUUCACGUGCAACGUCAACGAGUUCGCGACGAGGUACGCCGAGACGGGGAACAAGGUCUACAUGUACUAUUACACGCACAGGUCGGUGAACAAUCCAUGGCCAAGGUGGACGGGCGUGAUGCACGCAGACGAGAUAAGUUACAUAUUCGGCGAGCCACUCGACCCUAAAAAAAAGUACACGCAAGACGAGGUGUACUUGUCCAAGAGGAUGAUGAGAUACUGGGCUAACUUUGCGAAAACUGGCGAUCCAAACUCUGGCGACGACGGCUCGUCCUGGACAGAAACAGCCUGGCCGAUACACACGGCCGACAAAAAGGAGUACCUGACCCUCGACAUCAACACAACGGAGAUCGGCUACGGUCCUCGGGCGAGGCAGUGCGCCUUCUGGAAGAAGUACCUGCCGCAGCUGCUCUCCUCCACUUCAAAGCUCGAGCAAUCGUCCAAGGAGACCUGCAGUGGCUCGUCCCCCGUCCGACUGGACUCGCGAGGGGCCUGCCUCCUCCUGAUGUCCCUGUUGACGAUGGGCCUGCGCGCCCUGUCCGGGGCCUCGCAGCUCUGGCCCCACCCCCGCGGACCGGUCUAGCUCCCGGCCGAGCUGGCCCCCACGACGCCGGCGGCCGUACCCAACACCACCGCGAUCAUAUCAAGCCUCGAGCUGCGUCUGCCGGCGUCCCCGACCACCACUGAUCACGCGACUGUUACCACUGGCCUGCCAGAGCUGGCCCACCCGCAACACUGACAUAUCAGCAACGACAGCAGCACCGGUGCCGAGCAGCUGGACCAGCGACAAGGGCUGGCGUCCACGUCGUGGGACGAGGGUUACGUCAACGCGACGGAGGAGAGCACCGAGGAGGACGCGUCGAAUGGGACGAGCACCGAUGCUGCGCUUCCGACGAGCGAAUCGGCCUGACGAUCGGGCGACGAGGUGGUGACAGGAGCUCAAGGCGCUUAACUUGCUUUUCUUUCCCCCCCCCCCCUUUCCUUUCUUGAAUUUGUCGAGGAUCGUCGGUCCUGUACGUUACGCGUAGUGUAGGUGGAUGAUCAUUCGUUGAUUUUUUUUUUUUU